ACCAACAACAAACACACAGAAAGAGGAAUAUGGAGACGAUUCAACACAAGAUGGUAGCUGUGAAUGGCAUAAACAUGCACGUAGCAGAGCUUGGCAAAGGCCCAAUGAUCCUCUUCCUGCAUGGCUUCCCUGAGAUCUGGUACACAUGGCGCCACCAGAUUCUCUACCUUGCUUCUCAAGGCUACCGUGCUGUAGCCCCUGACCUCCGUGGUUAUGGUGACACCACCGGUGCUCCAACAGAUGACCCCACCAAGUUCACCACCCUUCAUGUGGUCGGAGAUUUGGUGGCGCUCAUUGACACAGUGGCGGCCCCAGGCGAGGACAAGGUGUUUGUGGUGGGACAUGACUGGGGUGCAAUUCAAGCUUGGGCUUUGUGCCUUUAUCGGCCUGAUAAAGUAAGGGCUUUGGUGAAUAUGAGUGUUCCUUUCAGUCCAAGAAAUCCUGUAAUCAAACCUAUCGAUGCACUGCGUGCUCUCUAUGGAAACGAUUACUACAUCGUCAGAUUUCAGGAACGUGGAGAAAUCGAAGGUGAAUUUGCCGUUUGGGGUACAGAAAGAGUUCUAACUGGCUUCUUCAAUUACCGCAAACCUGCACCACUUUUUUUACCCAAGGGCAUAGGGUUUGGAAAUUCGCCUGAUGCUCCUAUAAGCUUGCCUUCAUGGCUGUCCGAAGAAGAUCUUGCUUACUACACCAGCAAAUUCGACAAAACUGGCUUCACUGGAGGUUUAAACUACUAUAGAGCCUUGAACCUAAAUUGGGAAGUAACUGGCCCAUGGAGCAAAGCUCAAGUGAAAGUACCAGUUAAAUUCAUUGUGGGUGACCUUGACCUGACCUACAACUCGUUGGGUGCCAAAGAGUAUAUAGAGAAAGGUGGGUUCAAGAAAGAUGUGCCACUUCUGGAAGAUGUAAUCAUACUGCAAAGUGUUGGCCAUUUCCUCCAAGAAGAAAAACCUGAUGAAAUCAACAAACAUAUCCAUCAAUUCUUUAAGCAUUUUGGUACUAAAGAACCAUGAUGAUUCAGAUUUCUCAGUUUAUGUUCAACGUCUGCUGUCAAUAUUGGUAUUCGCUUUAUCCAUGUGCAACUUGAUGUAAAAAAAGUCUACAGACUAUGUCCAUUUUCAAUUUUUCAGUUGUUGCCAUAUGACCUACGUCUUUCUGAUUAAUACUUACACCGAAAAUUAAAUGGCAAAUGCAAGAUUAUAACUUUCCUUUUACCA